AAUUAGUGUCUGGGACAUUUUUUUUACAAGGAAAAGAGGCGACGUUUCCUGAGAAAUUUAAACCGAUUUGAGAUAUAAUUAAAUUCGGUUUCGAUUGGGUCCCGGUUUGGUUCGGUUCUGUCCAAUCCGGUUCAAUCGACACCCUCUGAUUGGCUCAGAGUGUUUUUAGUUCUUAAACUUUUUAUGACCACGUCACUCGUCUGUCGAGUUCCUCGCGUAACGAAGAUCUUCGGAGCUAGAGCUUCGAUGGCAAAUUUCGAUGCAAAGACGAUCAUCAAGGACAAGAAGUUCUGGUUCGCUUCGCUCCUCAUCGUAUGGGCUGCUGGUCUUCAGGGACACAUGAUGUGGUUGCAGAAGCAAGAUUCUUUCAAACAGAAGUUUGGAACCAUCGAUUCCGCUGGCGAAGGCUCGCACGAGUGAUGAAAACCGAUGGAUGGUGUGUCUGUGAAGAGCUCAAUCAGUAAUCUGUAAGGAAUAUUAGAUUUUAUCAACUCUUUACCGAUUAGAUAACCUUCCUUCUUGAUGUUCUGGUUUCAACCUAUAUAGAGCAUUUCUGGGGCUUAGGUUUUGUCAGAUAUGAACGAUGAUGUUCCUUUAGUUCUUAUAGUUCUGCAGAGUUUCUUAAGUUGGUUGUACUGUGACCAAUAGAAUCCUCAGCAAGAAUUGCAGGGCGGAAUCCCGGCCAUUCUCCUGAUC